AAUCAAUGAAGCACACCCUCCACCCAAUCCCCCGCAAAAAUUCACUUCCCCAACUUUCAGAAUGUCCGUCUUCCGCCCCUCAGCCCACGCCCUAAUAACAGGUGGCGCAUCCGGCGUCGGCUACGCCGUCGCCCAACUCUGCUUGAAACACUCAAUGCGCGUCUCCAUCGUCGACUUCAACCAAUCCUCUCUCGACAUCGCACGCAAAAACCUCUCCGGCGAUGUAAAAUGUAUCCAAGCGGACGUAUCCUCUCGCUCAGACUGGAGUUCCAUCCGCCAACAAGUCGGUACUGAUGUUGACUUCCUCAUGCUAAACGCCGGCAUUGGCGGGAAAGGAACGUGGGGUGAUGAAGACUACUUUGAUAAGAUUCUGGCUACGAAUCUUGGGGGUGUGGUGAAUGGGCUGAAUGCUUAUGUUCCGAGUUUGAAGGAGAGGGCGGGGAAGGAUGGAGAGGGGAGGAGUGCGAUUGUGAUAACAGGGAGUAAACAGGGUAUUACGAAUCCGCCGGGUAAUCCUGCGUAUAAUGCUAGUAAGGCGGCUGUGAAGACGCUGGCUGAGCAUUUGAGCUAUGACCUCAAGGAUACUAGUAUCGGAGUUCAUUUGUUAGUUCCGGGGUGGACGUUUACUGGGCUUUCUGGGAACGAGCCAGGCUCUACCAAAGCCAAACCGGAGGGUGCAUGGUCAGCCGACCAAGUAGCGGAUUACAUGUACGCCAAGAUGCAGGAUAAGAAGUUCUACAUCAUCUGUCCCGACGACCAGGUCACAGAGGAGACGGAUAAGAAGCGCAUGUUAUGGAGCGUUGGCGAUAUUGUCAACGAAAGACCACCACUAACUCGGUGGAGGGAGGAGUACAAGGAGGAGGCGGAGAAGUGGAUGGCGGAAAAGAAAGUGUAGAGGAUAUGAUAGAAUGACUACACAAACUGACAACAUCACCUUAUCGAUACUCUAGAUCCUUCAAAAUCUUAUGCUCGACUGG